AACGAGAGCAAUAUUUAUUGAGCGUAAAACUGCCUUGUAAAACCAUUAAUUUCCCUCUGAUUGAAGAAUCAAGAUGGCACAACCUAUUAUCUUGUAUGACAUCCCAAGCACGAUGCCAGGGAAGGCAUUCUCGAGCAAUACGCUCAAAGUUAGGUACUGCCUGGGUUACAAAGGCCUUGUUUUCAAAACGGUGUGGAUCGAGGCCCCUGACAUCGAAGAGCGCAUGAAAGUUAUCGGGGCGAAGCCUACCCGGGUUAAAUCAGACGGGAGCGAUUUCUAUACCCUCCCUGUUAUCGAGGAUCCUUCCACUGGAGCCAUCGUAUCCGAUUCGCUGGUCAUCGUCGAAUAUCUCGACAAAACUUACGCGUCUACGCCUGCUGUCCUUCCGCCAGAUACGAGGGCUUUGAUGCAUGUCCUUGAUUCGGCGAUUAUAAGCGCCAUCACUCCAACCUUCAAGAUGAUGGCUUCGAAAUGCAAACCUAAGCUGUACCCCAGGAAUCAGGAGU